AUGCAAGAGCUCUUAGAGACCACAUCGUGGGACGUUAGCGCGGCGGUUUCACAUUACCCUGAGGAGCGAUAUCUGGCUUGCGCUCUCCUUGCGUGGCAGCAGCUCGGCCAUGGGGACGCGAACAGCCUGUACCAAUUCAUACAGUCAAAAUUUAACGCAACUGAUGGAAAUGAAACUGAUUCAUUCGCAACUGAGGAUUUUUACAUUCUCAGCACAUCUGAUAUUUCCUUUCAGAGAUCAAAAAUAAUUGUGAUC